UCAAUUCCCCCAAUAUAAGAUACUCAAUCCCCCGAGAUGUCCUACCAGAACUGGCUGAACUACCUGCAAUCGGCGGAGAAGAACUCGAUGAUCAGCGGUCGCGCACGCAAGGUGCUCUAUAAAUUCCCGGAUGGCCGGCAAAUGGCCGAGGAAUACAACAUGGAGACGGGAAUUGUGCAGCGGAGGGCCUGGAAAUCCAAGAGCAACAAGAUAAUGGGCGAAUCCGAGUGGGAAAUCGAGCUGGGCGAGGAGCCGCGUCAGCUGAAUUGGCAGGGCAACAAAUCCCAGGGAUCUGGCGAGGAUGCGGACUCCAUUUCUGGCGGGGAUUUCACCCUGCGCGAGAGCAAUUCGGCUCCUUUGCUAACCAAAAGGAUCACCAAGAAGAACAUCGAGUGGCGCAUCCGCAACAUGCCCUACCCUUUGAAUAUCUAUAAUAUAACCGCCGAUCCCGAAAAGCGGGCCAUCAUAGUGCGCACCUCGAACAAGAAGUACUACAAGGUCAUCCCCGUUCCGGAUUUGGAUCGCUGUGGGGUGAAGCCAUCGCAGGAAAGCCUCUCCGUGCAUCACCAGUUUAAUACGCUGAUUAUCACCUACCAAAAGCCAGCCAUUCUGUGCGAAAUGGAGGCCCAGGUCCUGCUGCUACUCAAAAAUGUCGAAACCGAAACGGACAUGGACGACCUGCUAAAGGGUCUGAUGGGGAAAUAAAUGACCUAGAUUGUAGUACA